AUGGGGAGAGCAAUUGUUUACAAGGAAUCUCUUUACCCUGAAAAAAGAAGUAGAUUGUUUUUAUCUGAUGAAGUUUUGGAUGUGCUCUUGAACAACAAGGGCACUGAAGCAAUUCAAACUAUGACGGUAGAUGUGCAAACAAAUGUGCCUUUGAGUACGAAGGUAUUCUCUAAGAUGACCAGAUUAAGAGUACUCAUAAUCUUAUCCAUGAAUGUCAGUGGAUCUUUAAAAUACUUGUCCGAUGAGCUUAGAUUGUUGUAUUGGCGAAAUUGUUCUUUGAGACGUAUGCCUACUGAUUGUCGUCUGAAGAAACUUGUCAUUUUAGAAAUGAUUGAAAGUAGUAUUGUGGAAUUUCAACCCAAAUUGCAGAACUUUAUAUGCUUGGAGGUUUUAUGUCUUGAACAUUGUGAGGAACUUAAAAGAGCCCCAAAUUUCAGUGGAGCACACAGUCUAAAGAAACUGGUCAUGUGGAACUGUUCGAAUUUGGUUAAAAUUUCAAAAUCAAUUGGAGAUUUAAAAAACCUUGUUGAGUUAGAUGUGGGAUUUUGUAAGAAUCUGAGGGAGCUACCAAGUAGCAUUUGCAAGUUGAAAUCUCUGAAAGUUCUUAUGAUGGAAGGGUGCCCAAAGAUAAAAGAGUUGCCUAAAAAGUUGGGAGAAUUGGAGCAACUAUGUGAGCUUAUUGCUGGAGGGACUUCUGUGUCACACCUACCCCUUUCUUGUGGAUCUUUGAGAUAUCUCAGGUAUAUGGUACUAGGGCCGAAGGCUAACCUGACAUACUCAGAAGAAAUGUUCCAGAGUUUUUCAUCUUCAGAUGAUAAUUUAUGUCCCUUGCGGACUCUAAUUGCUCCUUACCAUUAUGUGCAACAUCCAGGUCUUGAAAUUGAUUCUUUUUCCUUAUUGUCAAUUUUAGAUCUUAGUGGGAGUAACUUCAAUGCCCUACCCUUUAACCUUUGUCAUCUUUCUGUACUAGAAGAUCUCUAUUUGAACAAUUGUCAAAACCUUCGAGUGCUUCCAGAUCUUCCACCUUGCCUACUUUUUCUGAAAGCAAGAAAUUGUCCCUUGCUAGAAAAGCUACCAAAUCUGUCUGACUUGAAGCUCAAGGAGUUGGAUCUUUCUUACUGCAGUAACUUGACCGAGCUUCAGGGGCUGGGGAAUCUCAAAUCAAUAAAUUCUAUUUACAUAAGAAAUUGUAGUGCUCUGAAUAUUAAUUCUUGGUUUGUAAACUGUUUCAAGGCACAUUCUCGGGGGCCUAAACUUUCAAUAUUGGUUUCAAAAGACAUGGUUCGAGAAUACUUGUGCAGCCACAAAGUAUUUGGAUCUUCACCACAUAACACUUUGCAGCCGGUAUAUUUGGAGGAAAAACUGCGAUUAUUCAUGUGGAGUCCAAGUUGGUGUACUGUUGGCUAUGUUUUAAAAUACAAAACCACAGGUGUUGAGUUGUUGAGUGGUUCAUGGCGGGGCGAUUAUGAAGCUGCGGAUGAUCUUAUGCAGUUGUCACUCUCAGAAUAUGGUUAUUUUACAGAACCCAUAAAAGUAGAAGAACUAGAGGUGUCUAUCUCUAUGGUUUUAUGUCUGAUGGAAUAA